UUUUAGGAUCUCUAAUUACAUUAACUUGAGGUUACUCUUUUUGCGGCUCUUAUGUGUUUUUUAUAAGCAAAUGCAUAAGUGAAAGUGAUUCUAAUCAAAGCCGGGAGGCUUUUCUGGAACUCUGUUCAAAUCAUAAGUACUUAGGGAAACAACCAUAUCAGAAUGUUUUCGAUUUGCAAAACAACUCAUCCCGCCACUGGGAUAGAACACGCCAUUACUUGCAACUUCUUCAACAGAUCGGAGAAGUCAUUGGUGGUUGCUGGAGCAAAUAUAAUUCGUGUCUUACGUUUGAUACCAGAUGUAGAGACAAAUAAGAAAAAGCCUAAAAAUAUGAACGUUCCUCCUAAAAUGAAGAUGGAGUGUUUGGCAACGUACACCAUGUUUGGAAACAUAAUGUCCAUGCAGUCUGUCAGUUUAGCAGGUUCAACCAGAGAUGCACUGUUGUUAAGUUUUAGAGAUGCAAAAUUAAGUGUCGUCGAGUACGAUCUGGAUACUCAUGACCUGAAAACACUUUCACUACAUUAUUUCGAAGAAGAAGAAAUACGAGGAGGAUGGACGCAACACACUCACAUCCCUAUAAUACGAGUAGACCCUGAAGGACGAUGUGCCGUAAUGCUUGUCUACGGACGACAGUUAGUAGUUCUCCCGUUCCGCAGAGAGACCAUAGGACUUGACGAAGGUGAUAUGUUGUCUGAAGAUACUACAACUACCGGCCCACAGAACAAAGCUUCCGUUCUGGCAUCCUACAUGAUAGUUUUGAAAGACGUUGAUGCCAAGCUAGACAAUAUUAUUGACAUUCAGUUUCUCUACGGCUAUUAUGAACCUACUCUGCUCAUUCUCUAUGAGCCUGUGAAAACGUUUCCAGGACGGAUAGCCGUAAGACGAGACACAUGUGCCAUGGUAGCCAUCUCUCUCAACAUUCAACAGCGGGUUCAUCCCGUGAUCUGGUCUGUGGGCAACCUGCCGAUGGACUGUACACAAGCUCUCGCAGUACGCAAGCCUCUCGGGGGAACUGUCAUCUUUUGCAUCAACUCACUCAUCUACUUGAACCAGAGCGUUCCUCCGUACGGCAUCUCUCUUAACUCUCUUACUGAGGUCUCCACAGCGUUCCCCUUGAAGAUUCAGGAGAAUGUAAAAAUGAGCUUAGAAGGAGCUCAGGCCAGCUUCAUUUCAAAUGACAGAAUCGUGAUCUCGCUCAAGAAUGGAGAACUGUACGUUCUGACCCUCCACGCAGACAGCAUGCGCAGUGUCAGGAGCUUUCAUUUUGAAAAGGCUGCUGCUAGUGUAUUGACUACGUGUACUUCCGUCUAUGCGGACAACUACUUGUUUUUGGGCUCAAGAUUAGGAAACUCAUUGUUGCUGAAGUUUACGGAGAAAAGAUCGACUGAAGGUUUCAAACCUCCUACCAUUGACCUGACUCAGCAACCAACUAAAAAGAGAAGAAUGGAUACCCUAGGUGAUUGGAUGGCCUCCGACGUAGCAGACAUUCGAGAUCUUGAUGAGCUAGAAGUGUAUGGCAGUGAAACUCAGACUUCUAUACAAUUGACCUCAUACUCGUUUGAGGUUUGUGACAGUCUGUUGAACAUCGGUCCUUGUGGUAAUGUGUCGAUGGGAGAGCCGGCCUUCCUGUCCGAGGAGUUCUCUAACAACACAGAUCCUGAUGUGGAGCUUGUAACUACUUCCGGUUACGGCAAGAAUGGUGCUCUGUGUGUGCUGCAGCGUUCUGUGAGACCACAGGUUGUUACCACAUUUGAGCUGACUGGCAUCACAGACAUGUGGAUCGUGGCAGGGAGGGAUACAAUACAGGAUGAGUCCCAAGAUCCUAUCCAUGCCUUCCUUAUUCUGAGCCAAGCUGAAUCAUCCAUGAUUCUCCAAACUGGUCAAGAAAUCAAUGAAAUGGACAGUUCAGGUUUCAACACCCAGGGCCCAACAAUUUAUGCUGGAAAUCUCGGCUCUAACAAAUAUAUCAUCCAGGUUUCUCAGAUGGGUGUAAGACUACUCCAAGGGUCGGAGCAGAUACAACACAUGCCGCUAGACCUGGGAUCUCCGUUGGUCCACGCUACCUCCGUAGAUCCUUAUGUGUUCCUGCUAACGGAGGACGGACAGGUGGUGGGUCUGACACUGCGAGAGACUAAGUCCUCCGCUCGACUCAUCGCCAAGCAGGACAUCAUCAACUCGAAACCGCACAUAACAGCGAUGCACGCUUACCGUGAUGUGUCAGGGAUGUUUUCCUCCUUGCUCCCCGAAACUGAUUUACACUUGGACCCUGAACAGCAGUCAGCGCGAGGAAAUGUGAAAAGAGAGGUUGAUGAUGAGGAUGAGUUGUUGUAUGGAGAGCCGGGAGCCGCAGAGAGGGCUGGCCCUGCCAAGAUGGCUGGCAAAGCUGCACCUUGGUGGAGUAAGUACUACAUGGAGGUGAAGGCCACAUAUUGGCUGAUAGUGACUAGAGAGAAUGGACAUCUAGAGAUGUAUUCUGUACCUGAUCUGCUACUCAGCUACCUGGUGGCAGGGAUAGGUACUGGGCUGAGAGUGUUGUGUGACAGUCUGGGUGCCAUUCCUACUGUGGCGCAGAGCUCUGGUGCCACUCAUGACCAUGGUGAGUACCAAGUCCGUGAGCUGCUAGUGGCGCCCCUGGGCAACAUGAGUUCUCGUCCUCUACUGAUCUUACGACUAGACGACCAAGUUCUGCUGUAUGAGGCGUACCGUUAUCCCAAGGGCCACCUCAAGAUGAGGUUCAAAAGAAUACAGCAGAGCAUUCUACUUCGACUCAACGAAGAGCAGAAAAAACAAAGGGGUAGACCUGGCUCGGGCCCUCGAGUAAAUCAAUUGAGAUACUUCGGCAACAUUGCUGGUUACAACGGAGUGUUUGUGUGUGGAAAUCACCCUCACUGGAUAUUCCUCACAUACAGGGGUGAGUUGCGGAUCCACCCCAUGACUAUCGAUGGCGGAGUCACUUGCUUUGCUCCCUUCAACAACGUCAACUGUCCUCAGGGCUUUCUGUAUUUCAAUCAGAAGGGUGAAUUGCGUAUCUGCGUGUUGCCGACUCACUUGUCCUACGACGCGUCCUGGCCUGUCCGGAAGGUGCCGCUACGUUGCACACCUCAUUUCAUCACUUACCAUCUGGAGAGUAAAACCUACUGUUUGGUCACCAGUACAGCUGAAACCACCAACCAGUACUAUAAGUUUAACGGAGAAGAUAAAGAACUGUCAAUAGAAGAAAGAGACGACAGGUUUCCACUGCCUGUUCAAGAAAGAUUUAGUGUAUUGCUGUUUUCCCCCGUCUCUUGGGAAAUUAUUCCCAACACCAAGAUGGAGCUGGAGGACUGGGAACAUGUGACUUGUCUGAAGAACGUGAGUCUAGCGUACGAAGGAACUCGCAGUGGACUCAAGGGCUACAUAGCUCUCGGGACUAACUACAACUACAGCGAGGACAUCACCAGCAGGGGGAGGAUCCUGAUAUUUGACAUCAUCGAGGUUGUGCCGGAGCCGGGUCAGCCUCUCACGAAGAACCGGUUCAAGAUGUUGUACGCUAAGGAGCAGAAGGGACCAGUUACUGCCAUGACUCAUGCACUGGGCUUCCUGGUAUCAGCAGUCGGGCAAAAGAUCUACAUAUGGCAGCUGAAGGACAAUGAUCUAGUGGGAGUUGCGUUUAUCGACACUCAGAUUUAUAUCCAUCAGAUCCUGUGUAUCAAGAGUCUUAUAUUGGUGGCUGAUGUUUACAAAUCCAUCACACUGCUCAGGUUCCAAGAGGAGUACCGCACUCUGUCGCUGGUCAGUAGAGAUUUCCGAGCGUGUGAGGUGUACAACGUGGAGUUCCUCAUAGACAACGCCCAGCUCGGCUUCCUUGUAUCAGAUAGAGAGAAGAACGUUGUGUUGUACAUGUAUCAGCCCCAGGCGAGGGAAAGCUAUGGAGGUCAAAGACUGAUCAGGAAAGCUGACUUUCACUUGGGCCAACACAUCAACACAUUCUUCAGGAUCAAGUGUAAGGUGGAGGACGGAAUGGUGGAGAGAAGACAUCAACUUGGAGCGGAAAAGAGACACAUAACUAUGUUUGCAACUCUGGAUGGUGCAUUAGGCUACCUGUUGCCUGUGCCAGAGAAGUCGUACAGACGAUUGCUCAUGCUUCAGAACGUCUUGGUUAACCAUAUUCAAAAUACUGCUGGUCUAAACCCAAAGGCCUUCAGGCAGUACAAGAGUUGGAGUAGACUGAUGGGCAACCCAGCACGAGGUAUGAUUGAUGGAGAGUUAGUCUGGCAAUACCUCAGUCUUCCCGUCAACGAGCGGCAAGAGCUUGCGAAGAAAAUCGGCACCAAAGUCGAUGAAAUUGUUGACGACCUUGGAGAGAUUGAGCAGGUCACAGGCCACUUCUAAGCGAUCUGGAAUGUGGCAUAAGUUAUUGCAGAAGUGUUCACUGCCAGUCUAUAGAGGGUAUUUGGUGAAAAGUGUUUCUGUUGUGUGAUGGAAUUUUGGCAGAUUUUAAAUUUUUUUUUUUUUUUGUAUUUUUUUAAGACUUUGAUAGGAUAAUUAAUGUUGGUGGUUAAAUGCAUCCAUUAAAAACCCCACAGUUUUAUUUUAUAAAAUAACACUUGGCCUAGGAAUUCAGGAAGGAGCAAUGAAUUCACAACUAACUUACCCUAGAACAGAGUUCUAGGCAGUUUAUAACACACAAAAAGUUCACAACACCAUUAAUUUUAUAAUUUGCUCCUGCAAGGCGGGAUUCUUCAGAAGGAAGACCCACUACCUCCUUCUGAAGAAGUUGUGAACUUUUGUGUGCUAAUUACUGCCUGUAAAUCUUAUCUUGGGUAAGUUAGUAGUGCAUCCAUUCCUUUCUCAAAUAUUUAAAACAUGAUAUUAGGUCAUGAAUAAAAAAAAAUAAUAUUCAAUGUUGUGUAUAACAUUGUUUUACACCAGAAUAGAGUAUGAAACCAUUUUUAAAGCUGCAAUACUUAGGCCCACUGGACGUCAAAUCCAUAAAGAGUCCAGUCUUCAAAUUUUAGUUUUAGAACUUUUUUCAAAAUCGACUUUCGAAUAGCCGAUGUGUAAUUUGAAUGAAUAUGUGAACUAAAUAUUUAGCCAAAUGGCUCUCUUUUUGUUGAUUUUGGAACAUUUCUCACCAAAUAUUCUGUCACUGAUAUUGAAAUACUGUAAGAAUUGUAACAAUACAAUUGUGAUAUGUUUAUCAUGUAAAUAGGCAAGAGUUUUAGAAUUAUUUUGUAUGUUCUCAGGUAUUACAAAAUCAAGAAAUGAGACUGAA